CUCUCCGGGUGUCUCUGCCGCCUCAUAACCUUCAGCUCUUCAGGAUUCUGCCCCGUUAUGAAAAUAAUAAAGCUUUUUUUCUUCCCCCCUCGCUUUAUCCCCAAAGUCUCUGUCAGACGGGUGUGUGUCUCUGGGCAGCUUCCUUCCAGUUUGCCCCUUCUCAGCCAUACCCUAGGGAAUAGCCACCUGGAGAACACGCUGAAGCCCCUGGUUCCAGGGAAACAGGGAGAAAGCGGCGGUUAUCCAUCGGUUUAAUUCGGGUGGAAAUGGGUUUUGAUACUUCAAAACUAUCUCUGUGAGAUACGGCUCCAGAUAGCUAAAAAUAACUAAAGUUUAAACCUGCGUGUCCUUGUGAGCCCUGUGAGGAAUGGUCACGCGUUGGAGGUGCUGGGCUGCCGCGAGGCAAUGGGGAUUUAUCCCUGGUGCUGUCACAGACCGCCACGAUGACAUUUACUUCUUAAUGCCUCUUCUUGUUCUCCAUCUGCAAGAUGAUCAUAAGGUUUUUCUGCAGUGGCAGAGCUUAGGGCGAAUUUGCUAGGGCAUAGAAGAUGCUGAAAUAAGCACUGAAGGAAAAGGGAAUGACCGGUGUAUUUCAAAGCCUUUUUCUCGAUGGCAGUACAGGAACUGGAAGCAUGCUUUUAUGCUGCAGUUCUUGUAAACUGCUGCUUUGGGUGCUGUAAGUCCAUCACUCAAGUAUUUUGUAUGCAUGUAUUUUAUUUAUGGUGUUUUUAACUGUGAUUCCUGCUUGACUUCUUUUUUACCAAUUAACAAUGAAGAGAAUUCUCUCAAACCAGUUCUAACACAUUUUUGAAUCGAUGUUUUACGCUAAUAAUAAAACAAGUGUUCAAAUAACUGUGUGGUAGAGCUGGUCAGCUGCAGCCUAGCUCAGUAGUUCUUGAUUUUGUUUCUGAGGAGUGUGUUCGGCGCAGUGAAGGCACAGAGCCCCCUUCCGCAGAGGUAAACGCAUUGACAACAGGCCCAUUCUUUAGUUGUGCUUCCCACAAGUAUCAAAAAUGGACUGUGGAGGCCCAUAUUUUAAACAAAUAAACAAACCCCACGAUUCUGCUGUACUGGGCUUCAGAGACCCCCUUAAAUCCCAGCCUCGAUGUGUGAUGGGGAUUUCUUUUUGAGACAGAGGAGCCGGGGCAAGUACAAUGCUGAGCAACUAGCAGCUAUUUGCAGGCAUAGCGCAGGGCAGGAGGAGACUGGUUUGAAAUGCCAGCGUUUCCUGGGGUGGUUUGGCAGAAAAAAAUGCUGCUUUAAUCAAAUUCUGUUUCUUCAAACAACAAAGCACAAUGCCUUUUUGAAAUAGGAGGGUGAUACUUACUUCUUUAUGCUUGCAGGGUCACUUCAUGCUGGGACAUAAGAUAUGGAAAACCAUGACUUGGUGAAUGCUGUGCAAGAAGUCCCUUCAGCGUCUGUGGACUCUGAUGUCAGAAAUACCCACAGCUCUGUUUGCAAUUUGAAUUGUAACAGACGUCCGUUGUCCAAUCCCAAUGGAGUUUCUGGUUACUCAGGGAAUAGCAGAUCCUCAUUAAUACCUGGAUCCAUUGAGCUGCUUUCCUCCUUCGUGCGAGAUAUCCAGAACGUUGGAAAUGCUGACUCAGAAAUUGUGAAGAACUGUGAGACAAGGUGGCUGCAGUUAUUGAGACUGGUAGAAAAGCAAUGCCAGGAACAAAUAGUUGCCCAGCAAGAACAGUUCCACCAUCAAAUCCAACUGAUUCAGGAUGAAAUAAGGCAGUUAGUGAAACUGCAGAUCAGCAACUGGGGUGUUGGCAAGAGCAGAAGUUUGCCUGUGAAGGUUACAGACACUUUUUCGUCAAUAGGAAGUCAAAUGGGGAUGCAAUCUGAAGUCUCUGAAGAAAAUGAAUGCAUUGUCAAUCAGCUUAGAUCUAACGAAUCAGAAACUCAGCCAAAUGCAUCUGAUCUGUAUCAGGAAUGUUUUGCAAAUGAUGCUUCGAUGAACAGUGGGUAUGGCACCCUUUCUGCCUCCGAACUGAAUGCUAGCAAAUCUAAUGACGUUACCACGUGCACAGACUGCACGGAGAAAACUUCUCAAGGACAGGGUGAUGCAGCAGUAUUGCAGAGCAAUGCAGCUGUAGCCAGUGUUCAAAAUACAAGAGAACUUUUACCAAAAAAAAUAGAGGAAAACUGCUCAUCAGGAAGGAGUGAUAUUUUAGGUUUUCCUGUUGAAUGUGAACAUACGGUAAAUGAAGCGCAAUGUGGGAAAAAAAACAGUAAGUCUUUAACAUCAUGGGCACAAAAAUUGAGACAAAACCAACCCAAAAGAAUAAAUGCAGAAGAAGUACAAGUAACCUCUAUGCAAGGAAAUGAGCAAGCAAAGAAAUUGCCACUGGAGAAUACAACCUCUACUGAUGCUGUUUUGCCACCUUACACUUUUUACCUCAAUCAACCAACUGAAAGCCCAAAUUCCUUAGUGUCCGAAGCUUCAGGACUUUCGUAUUGGAAACUAGAUGAAAAGGACAUGUAUCACUCUUUACCAGAGAACCUCAGAAGUGAGUUCACUGAUGUUUUCUCCACAAAAAUAUCACCAGAUUCACCAGAUCAGUCGUCUUCUGCUGAUGAAAUGAAGCUAUCGUCGUUGAAGGAUAUUUAUCAUAAAAGGCAGAGGGAAAACAAGCAGCUGCCAGACAUGAAUUUUAUGCCUUCUUCUCAGUCAAGUCACCCACCAGAGAUCCUGACGUUGGACCCAACCCUGCAUAUGAAACCCAGUCAGCAGAAUCUAGGCCAUUGUUUUUUCAACAUUCCUGAAGAGGCUACUCCUUUUUCUCCAGAUUCUAUGGCAGAACCUGGAUUUUCAAGUCAUUGUGAUACAGACUCUUUUUCACGGACAAGCAAUUCAUCUCAGUGUGAUGAUUCUCCAAAAUGCCCUGCUGGUAGCAGAGCCGUGCAUUUGGACUUCUGGAAAAAUCAUACAAUUCCAAAUGAAAACAAGGCCAGCUGUCCUUUUCCAAUGGCAUAUACUGAUGCUAAUAGUGAUAUUUUACUCAACACUGAGGAGGAAGAAACAUUAACUCUAACUCCAUCUUCUAUUAGUCAGUGUGCUGACAAGAGUUUACCAGAAUACAAUCUUUCAGUGGCAUCUGUUGAAGAUCCUGUGAUAAUGUCAAAGAUUAGGCAGAACUUGAGGGAAAAACAUGCUCGACACAUAGCUGAUCUACGGGCUUACUAUGAUGCUGAGAUACACAGCUUAAAACAGCAGCUAGAGGCAAGCCAUAAAGCUGCUUCUUCUGAAGAUUUGAAGAAAAUCAAUCAAAAUCUUGCUGACAGGUGUGACCAAUUAGAUGCAGCUCUGAACGAAGCCAGCGCUCGCAUAAAAGCCCUUGAAAAUAAGAAUAAUAUGCUAGAAAAGCAAGUGACAGAUUGGAGAGAACGCUUUUAUGCUGUUAGUAAUACUUCCAAAGUUUUACAGGAACGUAUUGAAGAAAUGCGCACAAAUAAUAAAGAGAAGGAUAACACGAUCAGUAGACUAAAAUCAAGGCUUAAAGAUCUAGAGGAAGCAUUUGAAAAAGCUUAUAAAUUAUCUGAUAAUAAAAAUGCAAGGUUAAAGGAAGAAAAUAAAAUGUUUCAAAAUCUUUUAGGAGAGUACGAGUCCCUUGGAAAAGAACAUGAAAGAGUAAAGGAUACGUUAAAUGCAACUGAAAACAAACUGCUUGAUGCAAACACCCAGAUUUCUGACUUGAAAAGGACGAUUUCAAAACUUGAAGCUCAGCUCAAGCAGGUAGAACAUGAAAAUAUGUUGAAACUUCGCCAUAUUACUGAAAGUCGUUUAAGAACCUCUUGUGCCAACAAGUUGGCAACUCCUGAUGUCAGCAGGCGAAAGUGGCUGAUACCAGGAGCAGAGUAUUCAAUCUUCACUGGCCAGCCUUUGGAAGUCCAGGAAAGCCCGAAAGACAACAGACUAGAAGAAACCUAUAUUCCUUCAGGGCACCAUUCUCCUCCCGAAAAGGACUCCUCACAAGAAGACUCUUCAACAAACACAAUUGAAAAGAAGGAAAAUGGGAUGUCAGAAGCACCAAUUAUAAAAGCCUUUAAAGAACUUGAAGAAGGAAAAGCUUUUAAAGAUUGGGGUACACAGACAGAAAAAGAAGACACAUCAGCUAAAACAACAACUCGACGUCAAACAGUUGGAUUUGUUGAAACUUCUUGUGUUGCUAACCGAUCCCCAGAGAAAGGUAAAGACCACCAGAGACCAAAACGCUACAGCUCCCCUUGUGGCCAGAGGUCAUCAUCCCUUCCUCCUUCAAACAGGAAAUCGAAUACUCCAACAAGACGAGAGAUAAUGUUGGCGCCAGUGUCUGUGACGUACAGCCCAAAACGAUCUCCAAAAGAAAACCUCUCUCCUGGAUUUAGCCAUUUGCUUAGCAAAAAUGAAAACACAGUAACAAGAUUUGAUAUACUUCUAGAUGACCUGGAAAGUGGUCCUGCCUCUGCUUUACAGCACAGUAAUCCAAGAAAAAGGCUCCAGUUUCUCUCACUAGAUGAUACAGAAGGAAGGCAGCAUUCAGGUGUCAGACAUAGCUCUUGUGCUGAAUCUGUCAAUCCUGGAAUGAAGAAGGCAACAGCAUGGGAUGAGAGGAGCGUAGCACAGAACUAUGAGCCAUUGCUGUCACCUUGUGAGGGAGACUUCAAGUACGCACCGAGGAUUAAGACUCUGGCUGAAACAGAGAGGCUUUUUGAUGAGCUGACUCAAGAAAAGCAACAGAUUGAGGCUGCAUUGAGUCGAAUUCCUUCUUCUGCUGGAAGAAUGACUUUGCAAGCAAGAUUAAAUCAGGAAGCCCUGGAAGAUCGCUUGGAAAGGAUUAACAGGGAUUUGGGAUCAAUACGCAUGACUCUGAAAAGAUUUCAUGUUUUACGUACCUCUGCAAAUCUUUGACAAUUCACUCUUGAAUUCAAAUAAGCUUUUUUUUUGCACUAAUUAUGCACUCAGUAAAUGCAGAAUUGUUUUGUAUUUUUAUAAACCCUAAAUAGUAGUUUUACAACUAUGUUACCCUUUACACACAGCAAUAUUUUGUACUUCAGCCACCUAUAUUUUAAACAUAUUUUUGUUACCGUUGAGGAAAUGUUUAUCCUGUAUUGUAAUAUUUUUAGAAAGAUUAAUUAUUUUUAAAUAACGAUAUUCAAUGUAUAAUAAGAAGAAACUAAAAGGCAGCUUGUUUUUGGAAAAUGACCGUGUUAUCUUUUUUGCACUUCGUUUUCCUCACCAUUUUAUAAAUAUCUCUGCUAUGUUGUAAAUAUAGCUAAUAGUAAAUUUUGAAUUUUCAUACAAAAGGCAACAGGAAUUACCUGUGUUAGAUAACCACUGCUAUAUGGUAAAUCCUUUUAAUUUAAGUCUUAUAACUUGGGUAUUUUUCAUUGUGACAAAGAACUGUGAGGAAUACUUUCAUUACGGCUGGCUGGCUGCAAAUUGGUAUAUGUUCUGCUAGUUUGGCCGCCUCUGGCUAUGUUUGUAAAAUGUUCCUCUAAAUUAUUUGGUGUCUCCCAACACUUCAGGGAGUAAUACUUUGAUAUCAUGAGGACCUGAGAGCGGCCAGCUUGUGUCCCAAUGAGCAGCUCAGCUCCAGCCGACACCCCAGAACGUGUAACUACCCAACGGAAGCUCCUGUUUCAAUAUGCUAGUUUGGGGUUUUGUGCCAUGCCAGUGUUCUGACCGCAGUUAUAAGCACGCGUUUCCAAAUGAAAUCCAAGCUAUUUUUGUGACCAUACAUGCAUUUUUCUUGGUGAAAAAUAUGUACUUGCUAGUUGGCAUGUUGUUGAAUUACUGUUCAACAUUGAUAUUUUAGUUUGCAUUUUAAUAUGAAAUAAAUGUUUAAUUAGAUUCUUUCCUCUAGCCCAAGAACAAUAAUAGGUUCUGGGAUAUUACAUCAGCGAUAAUGUAGGUUUUAAUCAUAUUGUGUGUUUCAAAUUCUGUCCUUGUUCAAGAUGUUUAGCCACCAAUUAUGUGAUUAUUUUGCAGUGGAAAGGCCAGAAUAGCUGUCAUAAAGGAAGCUUGUGAAGGUCUGUUUCUAAAAUUAGAGUGCUUUUGUUUUAAGAUAUUUAACGAAGAACUGUCCUACCCAUGCAUUCUUUUUAUUUUUUUUAUAUAAAGUGUUUUGUGCCUCCACUUCUGCCAUGUGGGUUGCUUUUAAUAUAAGAUUAGAAUUGGUGAGAAGUCAUGGCUGCUAAUUACUCAUUUUCCCUUUUACUCUAAAAUGUUGAAAUUGGGCCUGAAUGCUUGGAGAUGACUUGCUUGAAUUUAUUUCCUGGCCACACCAAUAGAUGCAGAAUUUUCAUGGUAUUUCAUAUUCUUAAUUAACGUUUUCCCUCAAAAGAGGGGUUGAGGGAGGGAA